ACAUUAACGUUAUCGCUGCACAGAGAUUUUGUAAUGCACGAUAAGCCCUGAAGUUCCGACGGAAUUGUUGUGGGUGUUGGAACUGGAAGUGAAAGUGAAAGCAGAUGUUAGGUGUGUGAUGUUACAUGUGUCAAAUAACUCGAACAGUCAAGAAGCACGACGUGUACGAGUUGAAAUGACAGUCCAAUAGUGCAGUGAAAGCUGUCAGUUAAAUUUUAUGGCGCUAACUUCUGGAACAGGAGUAACUGUUGACACGUUUUCCCUUCCUGUUUAAUGAGUGAAUAUAAGGAAUGAAGCCUGUUAGUGAUAACACAAGGAGAUAGUGGCUGGGCAGAAUAAGCGAUUCGUCCGUGUCUUACGUAUUGUUAAAGAUACCACGUUUUUAUGUAUCAUUUGAAAGAAUUAAGACUCAGAUAUAAAACAGUUACUAGAAGAGACGAGAAACAGAGAACUAGUGGAUAAUGUGUUUUAUAAGAAAUAUUCAGUGUAGAUCCCGGUUGUUGUGAUAUAUUACUAAUUUUAUCAGGACACCCUUAAACAGUAUGUUUUACGGAGGUACAACAGUGAAUGAUGCGACGCAACAUAAGAAGCAUCUGUCGAUUCCUGCUGUCGGCUGCUGCAACAGUGGUGCUGACAGUGUUGGUUUUUAGACUCAUUCGUCAGAAUGAAAUCAUGGCACCCAGACUGGAAGCUCAUGGUGCAGAGCCACUGCCGCCACAGGCUCAACAUUUGGUGAAUAAUAAAGCAGCUGCUGGUGCAUCUGAAAAAAUUGAUUGGCACGAUUACAAGCAGAUUGAGAGAGAUGCCUUACGCAAGGGAAUUGGUGAACACGGGAAACCAGCAAACCUUAGUCCUGAAGAGUCCGCACUUAAAGAAUCUCUGUACAGAGUAAAUGGUUUCAAUGCUCUCCUCAGUGAUAAGAUUGCUCUGGACCGAGCUUUACCUGACAUACGCCACAAGGGGUGCAAGUCAAAGAAGUAUUUGAAAAAACUUCCCACAGUGAGCAUCAUUGUUCCAUUUCAUAAUGAACACUGGAGCACACUUCUGAGGACUGUCGUCAGUGCGAUCAACAGAUCUCCCCCAGAAUUACUCAGGGAGAUAAUACUUGUUGAUGAUUUUAGCUCUAAAGAGCAUUGCAAAGAGAAGCUUGAUAAGUAUGUAGCUGAAAAUCUACCCAAGGUCAAAGUUAUUCACUUACCUGAAAGAUCUGGUCUUAUUCGGGCACGUUUGGCUGGUGCAAGAAAAGCAACUUCAGAUGUUCUUAUUUUCCUUGACUCACAUACAGAAGCUAAUGUUAACUGGCUUCCACCUCUCUUAGAACCAAUUGCAGAAGAUUAUCGUACUUGUGUCUGCCCUUUCAUUGAUGUUAUUGCGUAUGAAACAUUUGAGUACAGAGCUCAAGAUGAAGGAGCUCGUGGUGCUUUUGACUGGGAGUUUUUCUACAAGAGGCUACCACUUCUACCUGAAGAUCUAAAACAUCCAACAGAACCUUUUAGGAGCCCAGUAAUGGCUGGAGGAUUGUUUGCUAUCAGCUCUAAAUUCUUUUGGGAACUGGGUGGCUAUGAUGAGGGACUUGAAAUCUGGGGAGGUGAACAGUAUGAGCUCUCUUUCAAGAUUUGGCAGUGUGGUGGACAAAUGGUAGAUGCACCAUGUUCUCGUGUGGGCCACAUUUACAGAAAGUUUGCUCCAUUUCCUAAUCCAGGGAAAGGCGAUUUUGUUGGAAGGAAUUAUAGGCGUGUUGCUGAAGUAUGGAUGGAUGAAUAUAAAGAAUAUUUGUAUAAAAGAAGACCUCAUUAUCGAAAGAUUAAUCCUGGUGACCUCAGCAAACAAAAGGAACUCAGGGAAAGAUUGCACUGUAAGCCAUUUAAGUGGUUUAUGGAAGAAGUUGCAUUUGAUCUCCCAAAGAAGUAUCCACCUGUUGAACCACCAGAUUUUGCUUAUGGAGAGAUACGUAGUGUGGCUGCACCAGAGUUAUGUGUUGAUACAAAUUUUGUUGGAACUGAAAAACCGUUUGGUUUGAAGGAAUGUGUGAAAGAUCGGAAAAAUGCCAAAGGACAGCAGAACUUCACAUUGACGUGGCACAAGGAUAUUCGUCCCACUGGGCGCACAGUGUGUUGGGAUGUAUCUAGUACUGAGAGUAAGGCGCCUGUAACCCUCUACGGUUGCCAUGGUUUACAGGGGAAUCAGUUGUGGAGGUAUGAUCCGGUGAACCAGUGGCUUGUGCAUGGAGGAAAUCCACGGUGCUUGGACUGUGAUCCAGGUAGUCUAAAAAUGUAUGUUACCAAGUGUGAUGGUGCAUCUUUAACACAGAAGUGGAGGUUUGAAAAUAUUGAUUUCAAAGCUUUAGCAAAUUGGGACAAUGUUGGGCCUCAUUGAAUUUUGGUAGUACUCCUCAUCAAUUUGUUCUCAUGAGUCAUAUAAAAAGAAAAGAAGCUAUAUAAUCGAUAUUUGACACAACAGUGUGAACUUGAAAAGUACAUACGUUAUAGUUAAAUAAUUAGUGUGUUACGUUCUGUGUGGUCUCUCUUCACAUGGUAAUAGGUUGACUUUACUUCAAAUAGCUAGCUUGACAAUUUCAUUGUUUAUUGACACUGGAUUUAGUUUAAAUGUUUACCCAUUGUAUGAAAAUGAGGACAACUUGAUGAUUAGUAAUGUACUGGAGACGGUAACUAUGUAAAUGUAAUUAUUUUCAGUUUUCAACUGUGAACUCAAUGGGUGUGCUUGUUGUCACUUGCUUACAAAACAUACACUGAAGAAAAUAAGUAGCUUGCAUGAGUGCAUACGUGUAUCAGUUCCUUUUUCUAAAGUGCUAAAUAAAAAAUUGACAGGUUAAUCUUCUGCAUGAGUUGCACUAUUGAUAUUUGAUCUCUAAAAGACUGAUAUCCAUUGAUAUAAUUACUAAUGAAGGGUGCUCAAUUUUGCAUUUAUUUAUUUUUAGUCUGAGCUAAAAGGUUUGGAUGCUGUUUUCUCUUCCUGCAUAGGGUAAACA